ACUUUGGCUCAAGACUCGCCAUGUUCUAUCCAUAGUCGCGCUGGGCCAUUGGGCCUGGGCGACCCUGAUGGCGGGGGCUUCGGGGGCGAGGAAGAGACAAGCGAGCCGACCUUAGAGGAGUGCCCGGGCAGUGGAGAGCCAGCGAGAGCACGUGGCACUGGCCAACCAGCGCAGGGCGGUCCUCCGGCCCGAGGAGGUCCAGCUGGCCCCGCGCGAUCGGCUGGGCUGCGAGCGCCGGCGCCAGCAGGUCAAGCUCCCCGAGAGCCAGGGCCAGCUGAGGCGCGAGCCGACGCCGGUCGACAUCGGCGAGAGUAGCAGCACCGACGUCGAGGAGAAUCCCGGGCCAGGCGCCGCUCGCAGGGCCGUACUGGGGCGCGCUGGACUCCAGCGGAGGCGGAAGUUCUGGGAGUUGGCAGUGACAGCCGCCGUGUUCGGGACGAUCAGCUUCCUCGAGCAGGGCCCGGUCACGCCGGAAGUGCUGGAGCGGUGCCAGACCGAGGUGGCGGGCCUCACGGCGUUCGCCAGCCGCCAGCCGCUGGUCCGCGACGCGCUACUUCAACCACCUGUUCUUCACAGGCUGGGGCGCCGACGCGGGCGAGCAUAUCCUGGCUGGACUGAUGUGCUCAGUGCCGGAGUUCCCUCGCGCCGCCAGCUCCCCCGGGCCUUUCGCUGCCUGAAAGGCUGGCGGUUGUGGGCUGGGAUCGCCCGGCGGCUGGUGGAGCGGGGCAUCUUGCAGAUGGCGGCCCCCCGGUCAUAUGUCUCAGCUGUUACCUGAGGCCGAACGAGCUGAUGGGCCUCAAGUGUGGUGGGAUCAUUGCGCCUGCGGCAGGGAUUUCACGACGCUGGAGUUUCUUUUGUUCCCUUGCAGCUACCCGAGCGGAGCAAGGUUGACCUGGGCGGCGUCAGCAUCACGAUAGACUCCAGCUACCGUCAGUUCUUGAGCUCGAUCCUGAGGGUGCUGGCCCAGGGGCCGAAAGACGAGGCAGUCUGGACGUUCGCGUGCCCUCACUACCUGGCGGAGUUCAAGACGUCUCUCGGCGAGCGUCAGAUCCAGGAAACCACAGUGCCGCAUCAGACGAGACACUCCGUUCCGCGCAGAAUUCGAGGCCCAGCGUCGAGGCCAGUGGGCGAGCGCGAAGAGCGCCCAGCGGUGCGAAAAAGGCGCCCAGCGGGGCGAGAGUUGGGACUUCCUGUCCGCCAAGGUGCGACGACUGCUCACGGCAUGCGAGACAGCUUUCGCGGACAUGCUCCUGAACAGGCCUCGCGCCGUGACGUUCCUUUGGCUGGCCACUUCAAGGGCCGCUACCUCCUCGACCUUUACGCGGGCACGGGAGGGGUUGCUAGAGCGGUGGCGCAGCAGGGUUGCAACGCUCACGCGUACGUCCGUACUCACGGGCUGGCGGAGGACAUGACCUGCCUGAAAGUGCUGGGUCGCCUGGACUCCGCCGUCAGCCUGGGCGAGGUGCCCGGGGCGGCGCUAGGGCCGCCGUGCGACGCCUCAGGAGCCGCAGCGGAUCGAGGGCCGCACGGGUCGAUUCAGACUGUCCGAGCGCCCUGGGGUUCGCCUGAAGCCCAGCUCGCAACCCGCCAGCGUGUGAGACUGCGGAGAGGCACUAAGAUUUCCGACGUGCUGUGCGUCUUCUCCGCUCCUUGUGUCGUCACAGAAUUCCGACCAUUUUCGAGCAUCCCAUACAUUCCAGAAUUUGACACACUCUUGAGUUUCUAGCAGUCAUUCGUUGCUACGGUGGCCGUGUGAGGGUUCUGGACCAGUGCCAAUUCGGUCGGUGUUGGAGAAAACGUGCGAAGCUUUUUGCUCUGCGUAUAAGCCUCUAGAUUCAAUUAAACUCGAUCGUAGGUGUAAAGGCUCCGGGGGCCUCUGUAGUAGAACUGGUCGCGAGCAUGCCAUAUUGGAAGGUGCAGUGGCCUCGGGCCGCAAGUGGGCAGCCAUCGCAGUUUCAUAUCCUCCAUAGUUGUGCAAAGCCACGAUGCAGAUUCUAUUGUCCCAAGCGCGUGAGGCUAUAGCCUCCUUAGCUUCUUGCUGACAAAAUCUCCAGUCCCGCCCGUCCCUGGGAACAUCUUCAAUGUCGGGUAGCCCUCAUUGAGCUUUGGAUCCGUUGAGCGGGUCGCCUCAAAUAUGUUUGUGUUCCCGCCUUGUGUGCUUGCGCGCGA